UUGAUUUGACGUCAGGUAGCAGAAUGCAAUAAUAAUUAAGAGCUUAUAUUUAUAUAUAUAUAGCAAUUUUCCUUCUGAAAGAUCAGGAGGCACCUUGCAAACUGUACAGAAAUCACCUGAAUAAUAAAAUGUCGUCAUAAUACUUUUCCUGCUGCUGAAAUGCAGCUAGUUCUGACGUGGAACACUGCAGCUUUUGGCAAAACAUAAAAACAGCACGCCGCAGUUUAAGGCAGGAAAGAAGGCUGAAUCCCAAACCUAAUUUGUACUGCAAGCAGGGAAAAGUAAACAUGCAAAUUGGCCAGGACGUAUGGCCCUGCUGUGGAGAACAGUGCCAGGGGAUCUUUAAUGACUGCAGGUAGUUAGGCCCUCAGGUUUGUGUCUCAUUAACUUGGGUGAAUUUGCCAACAAGACUCUGCUCAUAAAGGGCCUGGAAGAAAUUUGUUUACCGUAUCUAAAUAACAGGUGCUGGACUCUCAUUCAAUUGAGCUUUCUGUUCUCUUCUUUGUGCACCAGGCGGCACUGUGCCAUGUAUGAAUACGUGCUGGCGGCGCUCGGGUACGUUUUUGUUUCACCUUCCAGUUAUUUUAAAAAAGAAGUUGAUGGGGUUUGUGGGUUUGGUUUUUUUUUUAAUGCUAAAUGUAGGUCCUGGACCCAUAUGUCGCUGUGUCACCACCCAGGAGCCUCCCAAGGAGAAUAAUGAAGGUAAACGUGCAUCAAAGUCCAGUGUGAGAGAGAGACAAUCAGCUGUUCAUUUGCAGCCAUGAGCCAGCCCACCCCGGCCACCACAGAGCCACCUGGCCAGCCUGGACAGAGGAACUUUGCCUUCGAGGUUGUGGACAUCGUGGUUGUCAUCGUUUAUUUUGUCUUCGUCCUUGCCGUUGGGAUAUGGUCAUCCAUACGGGCAAGCCGGGGGACAGUUGGAGGGUAUUUCCUGGCUGGACGGUCCAUGACAUGGUUGCCAAUUGGAGCCUCCCUGAUGUCAAGCAAUGUGGGCAGCGGCUUGUUCAUCGGUCUAGCAGGCACAGGAGCAGCUGGGGGCCUCGCCGUCGGGGGCUUUGAGUGGAAUGCUACCUGGGCGCUGCUGGCCCUCGGCUGGAUUUUUGUGCCUGUUUACAUUGCUGCAGGAGUUGUCACAAUGCCCGAGUACCUGAAGAAGAGAUUUGGAGGACAGAGGAUUCAAAUCUACAUGUCCGUACUGUCCCUCAUUCUCUAUAUAUUCACCAAGAUAUCAACAGAUAUUUUCUCUGGAGCGCUCUUCAUCCAAGUCUCCCUGGGCUGGAACCUUUACCUGUCCACCGUGAUCUUGCUAGCCGUGACAGCUGUCUACACUAUAGCUGGUGGUUUAACCGCUGUGAUGUACACAGAUGUGCUGCAGACUGUGAUCAUGGUACUUGGGGCUUCGGUUCUCGCCUUUAUAGGGUUUGAAAAAGUCGGCUGGUUUGAAGGACUUAAAGAGAAAUACAGCACCAUGAUCCCCAGUGUCAUAGUCCCAAACACCACCUGUCACCUCCCACGCGCCGACGCCUUCCACAUGCUCAGGAACCCUGUCACGGGGGACAUUCCUUGGCCUGGCCUUAUCUUCGGCCUCUCUGUGCUGGCUACUUGGUGUUGGUGCACGGAUCAGGUUAUAGUCCAAAGGUCUCUCUCUGCCAAGAACCUCUCCCAUGCCAAGGGUGGAUCGGUGCUGGCGGGUUAUUUGAAAAUGCUCUCUAUGUUUUUCAUUGUCAUGCCUGGUAUGAUCAGCAGAGCUCUUUACCCAGAUGAAGUGGGAUGUGUGGACCCGAAAGUCUGUGAAACCGUCUGCGGAGCUAAAGUGGGUUGUUCUAACAUUGCCUAUCCUAAGCUUGUAAUGGGACUCAUGCCUGUAGGACUCCGGGGUUUGAUGAUAGCUGUGAUGAUGGCAGCCCUGAUGAGUUCCCUCACCUCGAUCUUCAACAGCAGCAGCACGCUCUUCGCCAUAGAUAUCUGGCAGCGGCUCCGCAAGAAAGCCACAGAGCAGGAGCUCAUGAUUGUUGGCAGAGUGUUUGUUCUCAUCCUCAUUGUCAUCAGUAUUCUCUGGAUUCCCAUCAUUCAGAUGUCCAACAGCGGCCAGCUCUUUGACUACAUUCAGUCCAUAACCAGUUAUCUGGCCCCACCAAUUACUGCCCUCUUCAUCCUGGCAAUCUUCUGCAAGAGGAUUAAUGAGCCCGGUGCUUUCUGGGGCCUCAUGUUCGGGCUGGUAGUAGGUGGCAUUCGAAUGAUCAUGGAGUUUUCCUAUGGUGUGCCAUCCUGUGGCGAGGAGGACCCAAGACCAGCUGUGCUAAAGGAUGUGCACUACCUGUACUUUGCCCUCAUUCUCUGCGUGCUCACGGGCAUCGUCAUUACCCUAAUUAGUCUCUGCACCCCACCAAUCCCAGAGGAAAAGCUGGCUAGCCUGACCUGGUGGACUAGACACAGCAAAGCUCCACCAAUUGACCUGGUGAGCUACAAGAGCGAGUCGGCGGAGGUAAAUCCUUCAGUGGGCGAGAGUGAUGGGGAUGAGCCGACGUGGGAGAACACGGAUUCAGGGAGCAAAGAACAUGGAGCAGGGAGCCCUCCUUGCUGGAGGAAGUUAUACUUCUGGUUCUGCGGGAUCUCCAGCAGCCCGGGACCCACACUGACCAAGGAAGAGAAAGCAGUCCUGGAAAGGAAACUCACCAGCAUUGUGGAAAAGCCCCUCUCAAAGACUGUUUGCAACAUUAAUGCUAUAAUCCUGCUAGCUAUUAACGUCUUUCUGUGGGGAUACUUCGGCUGAUACUUGGGCUGGUUUGGCUUUGAUUUAGAAUAUCGCAGUAAUGCUUAGAGACGUCCAGCAGGUCAGGGCCACAUUGUUCUAGGUGCCGUGCAUACAGCACCUGGAAUUCCCUGCCCCAAAGAGCUCACAAUCUCGAAGACCAAACCUAGCGGGCAGGGCUAGCAUAGUAUUUACCAGAGAGGGUUUUUAGCAGGUAAAAUCAUGUUUUUUUUGUCACCUAGGGAAAAAUUAGUUAGCCCCAGUUUACAACAUUUUCUAUUUUUUAAAUUGUUUUAUCAUCCCCCAUCACACUUAGUUGUAGUUACAUAUUCAAAUUGCAUUACAUAGUCAAAUAAGGCACUAGAUUAGGAGAUUAAUUUAGGGAUGUACAAAUAAACAAGUCAAAUUUCAGUGACCAUAAUACUAAUAUAUGUAAUUAUAAUAGGGU